UGGCGGCGGCGGCGGAGGCGGGAGCAUGGUCCAGGCCCGGUGGAGUCGGGGGCCCGGGCGGGUACGCCCCGCCGCCUAGUAAGCUCCCGGGCGGUGCGGCCCGGGACGAACCAGCCACGCCAAGCCCGUGGAGAACGGGGCCAAGGGAGGGAGCACAUGAAUAUUCAUACCCGCUGGCGCAUGAGGGAGCCAGCCAGAAUACUGCUGGGUGUCAUUGGAGCGUUCCUGUUUCCCGGUGACCGGUGACCGCAGAGGCAGCCUGAGAGUCAGACGUGGCUCAGACAGGGAGAGGAGAGGGGAUGCCAGCUACGGCCUGAGGUGUCUGAGAUGCCACUGCCACAGAAGAAGCGCUGGGUGUCCAUGGCCAAGGGGCUGGUGCUGGGAGCACUCUUCACUAGCUUCCUGCUGCUGCUGUACUCCUAUGCUGUCCCUCCACUGCACGCCGGCCUGGCCUCCAUCAGGACCCCAGAGGGUGCAGCACCCUGCUCCCCGGCCCCUGGUGAACCAGAGGCGCCCACCCCUGCCAACGGUUCUGCAGGAGGGUGCCAGCCUCGUCGUGACAUCGUGUUCAUGAAGACACAUAAGACGGCCAGCAGCACGCUGCUCAACAUCCUGUUCCGCUUUGGCCAGAAGCACGGGCUCAAGUUCGCCUUCCCCAACGGCCGUAACGACUUCCACUAUCCGGCCUUCUUCGCCCGCAGCCUGGUGCAGGACUAUCGGCCGGGGGCCUGCUUCAACAUCAUCUGCAACCACAUGCGCUUCCACUACGACGAGGUCCGAGGCCUGGUGCCGCCCAACGCCACCUUCAUCACGGUGCUCCGCGACCCUGCCCGCCUCUUCGAGUCCUCCUUCCACUACUUCGGCUCCGUGGUGCCCUUCACGUGGAAGCUCUCAGGCCGCGACAAGCUGGCCGAGUUCCUGCAGGACCCAGACCGCUACUAUGACCCCAAUGGCUACAACGCCCACUACCUCCGCAACCUGCUCUUCUUCGACCUGGGCUACGACAGCGGCCUGGACCCCGGCAACCCGCAGGUGCAGGAGCACAUCCUGGAGGUGGAGCGCCGCUUCCACCUGGUGCUCCUGCAGGAGUACUUCGAUGAGUCCCUGGUGCUGCUCAAGGACCUGCUGUGCUGGGAGCUGGAGGACGUACUCUACUUCAAGCUCAAUGCCCGCCGCGCCUCGGCCGUGCCGCGCCUCUCCGGGGAGCUGUACCAGCGCGCCACGGCCUGGAACGUGCUGGACGCCCGCCUCUACCGCCACUUCAACGCCAGCUUCUGGCGCAAGGUGGAGGCGUUCGGGCGGGAGCGCAUGGCCCGCGAGGUGGCCGCCUUGCGGAGCGCCAACGAGCGCAUGCGGCACAUCUGCAUCGACGGGGGCCGAGCCGUGGAUGCUGCCGCCAUCCAGGACUCGGCCAUGCAACCUUGGCAGCCGCUAGGCGCCAAGUCCAUUCUUGGCUACAACCUCAAAAAGAGCAUUGGGCGGCGGCACGCGGAGCUUUGCCGUCGCAUGCUCACCCCUGAGAUCCAGUACCUGAUGGACCUUGGCGUUAAUUUGUGGGUCACUAAGCUCUGGAAGCUCAUCCGGGACUUUCUCAAGUGGUGACAUCCUGCCCACCAGCAGCCCCCUCUUCCGGCUGGAUCGCUGAGGAGGGGCCGGGCAGGGGCCUGCUGGCCAUCCCUGCGCCCUCCUGGUGCCACCCCAGCUCUGGGGGUAAGGUGGGGCUGCUGCAGGGCCUGUGCACACAGGGCCCAAGAUCAGUAUUUGAAUAAUUAUAGCUUUUUUAAAAGUUAAAUCCCCUCCCUUCCAAAAAAGAAUGUUCUAUUUCCUGCCUCCUCUUAAAGGGGAGACUUCAGAAGUAAAGGAAUUUGAUGUUGUGUUUUUUGUUAA